AUGUUAUUAAAAUCUUUCACAAAACUUGCUGCUUGUGCCAUUGUUGGAACAAGUCUUUACAACAAGUCAUCAUUCAUGAACAAUUAUCCAACCAUGUUGGAUGAAAAUGAAUGGAAAUCAAGUGUGGUUGAUGUUAGAAACAAGCUCGUGUUAGCUUCUUCAAGUAGUAGUGCCAUUCAUCCUUCCGUUCCGACAUCACCCGCUGUGGCUACUGCUCAACAAUUAGAGGGAUUGAAAUCAUCAUCAAAAUCAUCAUCAAAUGAAAAGAACGAACUCACUCAGAGUACAGAAAAUAUUUCAACCGAAACGGAUGCCGAGAAGGUAUCAUCUCCAUCCUCCCAAGAGAGCGCAAGACCAACGGCUCCAGUCACUGGUGGCCGUACUCAACCACCAGCAACAACAGCAACUCCUUCUUCGCAAGCUCCAAAACUUCCUGGAUAUGUGAAAACUCACGCCAAAACGAGAGAAAGUUUAGAAUUAUUUCAGACUUUUUAUGAGUUGGGAUUACCACAGGAUAGAGAGAUGCAUCUCUUUUCUGGAUAUUUUUCUGCAACAGAUACUCGAUUGAGAAUUCCAAGUUUUGUGGCAUGGAUGAUUAAAGGAUCAUCUUCUGAUAAAGGUGAAAAAGAGAGAAAAUCAGACCGUUCCAAUUCCAAAUUUCUCACAAGUCCUUUCCUUCCUUCAGAAUUUAAUGCAGACAAUACAGAUUAUUCAGCAUCUGGAUACGAUCGAGGACACAUGUGUCCUUGUGGAGAUUUUUAUUAUAGUAUGGAUCAACAAGGACUUGACGAGACAUUCUAUUUAUCUCAUAAUGUCGUUCCACAAGAACCAAACAAUAACAGAUUUUAUUGGUUGCGUGUGGAAAUGUUUACUAGAAGCUUAGCAAAGCAAUUUGAUAAUGUCUAUGUGGUUGCUGGACCGUUAUUUGUUCCUGAAGAAGUUAAUUCGAAAAAGUUUGUGAAAUAUGAAGUCAUUGGUGAUAAUCAUGUGGCAGUGCCAACUCAUUUGUACAGAGUUCUAGUUGGAGAAAAAAAGGGAGAAAAUAAGUUUUUCAUUCAAGCAUUCAUGUUGCCCAACAAACCCAUUCCAAAAACCAAGCCAAUUACAGACUUUAUCGUUCCAGUUUCAGAAAUUGAAAAACACAGCGGAAUGAAAUUAUUGCACAAAAUUGACAAGGCUAAAACAGCACCUUUAUGUAAGAACUUUAAUUGUGAAUUAAAACCUUGGCAAGAAUUAGAAAUACAAAAGAUUCUAUGGGACAAGACAUAA